UUUGUAUUUGUCAAUAAAAUCUGAAAGUGUGGAUCAAGUGUAUCUCAAUAAAGUGUGAAAAUUGUUUUUUAUUUAAUUUCCAAUUAGAUAAAAGUUAAAUUUUACGCUUUAAGAUUGUCCACACAAUGUUGAAACCAAAAGCUUUAACUCAAGUACUAAGCCAAGCAAAUACGGGAGGUGUUGAAAAUACUUUGUUGUUAAAUCACCAAGGAGCGCUUCUAGCGUAUUCUGGAUAUAAUGACAAGGAUGCCAGAGUAACUGCUGCUAUAGCCAGCAAUGUAUGGUCGGCAUAUGAAAAACAAGGGAAAAAUGUAUUCAAAGAAGAUAAGCUCCAAUUAAUAUUAGUCGACUGUAUGAACGGGAAAAUCGCAGUGACACAAGUUGCAAAUCUACUUCUAUGUCUGUAUGCUAAAGAAACAGUUGGGUUUGGUAUAUUGAAAGAAAAAAUAAACGCUAUAGCACAGUAUUUAGAAGGACCUUUGAAACAAGUGGCUAGUUCAUAAAAUGUGUUUGUUUUGAUUUUAAACAAAACAAAGUCAAGCCUUUUGUUGAAGAAAAGUAAUAUAUGCUAAUUAACUGUUUAUCUAGUACAAAGCUAAACUUUUCUAGUUUAACUGCUUCAUAUGAACAUAAUUUAAGGAAUGUUUAUGCUUUAAGUGUAUUUUUAAGUAAAUUAAUACAUGUUCAUGUCUAUAAAUUUUGAUAAAUAAAACUGAUUUUCUAUGUAAUAUAA